UGCACAACCUUUCAACAUGGUGGGCGUGUUGUUUUGCCUGCCUGUUUAGGGUCAUGAGAAUAACCAAACUGCUAUAAUGGCAUGUAUUGAAAGGAUCAAAAUAGAAGGCGAAGAUGUGAUACCUGCUCAAGUUGAGGGACUUGUCGACGUCUUUGCAGCCAAUAAUUUUGUAUUUUCAAAAGCUCGUUGGGUAGAAGACAAUGAGGUGAGCACAUGCAAAAUAUGCUCCAACAAGUUCAAUCAGCUCCGUAGAAAGCACCACUGUAGACAGUGCGGGCGUGUCUUGUGUAGCAAGUGCUGUAGCCAAAAGGUUCCCCUCCCCCAGCUUGGCCUCCCUGACCCAGAACGUGUCUGUGAAGUAUGUAAACCUGUGACAGAGUGUAUUACCAAAUCAAGGUCAUCACAUCAGUCGUUCCAGCUGGAAGCUGUGCAGGGAUUGACAGAGUUGGUUAUGGAUUCGGCAGGAAUGAAAAAAGUAAUUGAGUUGGGAGGCCUCCAGACAUUGGUCUUCCUAUCAAAACAGGAGAAUGAGCAAAUACGGAAACACGUGAUGUGUGGACUGCACACACUGGCCUCCCAUGAACCACUGCUGGGUUAUCUGGUCAAAGCUGGGGGAAUCAAAGCUACAUGCAGAAUCCUUUCCUGUGCCAAAGAGGAAGAAGAACAGACUGUUAUUGCUGGUAUAAGUACUCUGAUGAUAUUCUGCAAGUCAGUAGAUUUCAAAAGUCAAGCUUUACAAGAUGGAGCCCUGCAGCCUAUCCUUGCCCUGUGUAAUAUGAAUGAAACUAUUGCCCUGCUUGCAGUGAGCACCCUCAGUUUGAUAGUACAAGACCCCAGAACACAUGCAGCAGUGAUAGAGAACAAUAAUAAAGCUCUUCCUAGGAUAAUUGCCUUUACAAAUGCUAGAGAUGAACAAAUGCAGGAGGUGUCCCUUAAUGUAUUAGCUCAUUUGUCUACAGGGACAGAGUGGCACAAGAACAGGCUUGUUCAGGAAGAUUUCACUUGUGGUAGAUGCCUACUGAAAGUGUUAAAAACAAACACCAGGAACAUGCAGAUAGUGUUCAAUGCUGCUUGUACAGUUGCAAAUUUGGCAUCCUCUGAACAAAGCCAGAGUGCCUUGCAGGAACAUAUGGAAAUAAUGUGCAAUCUUUUAUCAACUUAUGAUGAACAUACGGAUCUCCUUCUGCAUAUAUCCAGGGCUGUUGCCAAUUUUUCCAAGUUCCCACAAAAUGCAUCAAGGCUGGUGCAACACUUACCAAAUGUGAUCGCUAUUUCUCUGAAGUCAGAGACAGAUGCAAUCAAAUUCCAAGGCAUGAGGUGUUUGUUUAAUCUUCUGUCACACAUGGCCAGGCCAACCAUUGAAGCAUUGAUGAAGGAUGGUGCUUCUGAGCUGUUGGAAGGAAUCAGUGAUAUUCCUGGAGUUCAUGAUGCAAUACAGACAGCCAUACUGAAAAACAUUCCAGAAGUAACUAGUCCUCCAAUUUAAAUGACAUGCUAUCAAGUAUCACAAAAUUUUGAGUGCACCUGUUAAGGAGCAGAGCAGAGUCAUGGAUUCACAUAUUUUUGAAUGGGAUGAACUAAUGAGAUUUUUACUUCAGAUUGUACAUUGAUUUCUUAUGGUUUUCCUGUUUCUUGUUAUCAGUUAUUGCUCUCAAUUCAAUCCUUGAAAUAUUAACAACCAUGUGCCCAGUUGUAGACUUGAAAUGAAGCAUAACAUUUGUCUACAAGGAGUCUCUGUGUGUACAGUAAUGGCUUUCAGUUUGAAUUGCAAUUUCUAUGAAAUUUGUACAUCAGUGGCCAGCAAUAAUUUAUUACUCAUUACUUACCAUUGACAUGUGCUUAAUUUUUUUACCAAUCAGUACACUUCCAGGAAGGGUUUUUUUUUUAAAUUUUUGUACAGUAUUUGAUGAAGUGGAUUUUUGGUGAAGAAAACAGUCAAAAUGUGUCUCUAAUACCAUAAGAUACAUAAUUGCAAAAUAACAAAAAACUGGACUACAACAAAGAUUUUAUUACCAUUUUUAGGCAGUUUCAAAGUGAACUUGCACAUUUUGUAAUAUCUCAAUGUAUUUUUUGUUGAAAGUAUUGCAAAACAAUGUAUCAGCAAUAACACUGCAUGUUAUAAAAAUAUUUCACUGCCAUCAAAUUUUUAGACCGUCUGAAUUAAAAUAAAACAAUAUGAUGAACAAGAAAUAAAAUUCAAGCUAGAAGAGAAA